CAAAACUGCUACACCACGUCCCCUCCAAUUCCUACUCUCACUAAACUCUGUUAUUUUCUUCCAUUAAAAUCAUACGACCUUCCUUUUACAGCUCUGCGUAUUGCUACGUAUCAUCUGCAAGAUCAUGCCUACUAAUCCUAACAAAGAUCAGUUCCACAUGUCCGAUCUCAGUUCUUCCCUCCCCGCGGCGGCCGCCGCUCUGAGCGCAGAGGAUCGCGAUGGCUUAGUUGAUGCGUUGAAGAAAAAGCUUCACAGCUUGGCUAGGCGGCAUUCGAAUAUCCUCGAGACUUUGACGCCGACUGUACGGAAGCGUGUAGAAGCACUGAGGCAGAUUCAGAGCCAACAUAAUGAACUUGAGGCCAAUUUUUUCGAAGAGAGAGCAGCGCUUGAAGCUACAUACCAAAAGCAGUAUGAACCCCUUUAUACCAAGAGAUAUGAAAUAGUGAAUGGCAUUGAGGAAGUUGAAGGUAUUAGAGAAGCUUCUCCUCACCAAGGAGAGGACAAUGGAACUGAAGAAAAAGGUGUGCCUUACUUCUGGCUGAAUGCAAUGAAGAUGAAUGAGAUAUUGACAGAGGAGAUCUCAGAGAGGGAUGAAGAGGCUCUAAAAUAUCUGAAGGACAUAAAGUGUUCUAGGGUUGAAGAUUCAAAGGGUUUUAAACUCGAGUUUUUCUUUGACCCCAAUCCAUUCUUCAAGAACACUGUCUUGGUGAAAACAUAUCACAUGCUUGACGAUGAUGAACCUAUAUUAGAGAAGGCAACUGGGACGCAUAUCGAAUGGCAUCCUGGAAAGUGCCUUACUCAAAAGAUCUUGAAAAAGAAACCAAAGAAGGGGUCAAAUUAUGCCAAACCUAUAACUAGAACUGAAAAUUGUGAUAGUUUUUUCAAUUUUUUCAACCCUCCUCAAGUUCCAGAUGAUGAUGAUGAAAUGGAUGAUGAUAUUGCUGAAGAUCUUCAUGAGCAAAUGGAACAAGACUAUGAUAUUGGAUCAACUAUUCGGGAUAAAAUAAUCCCUCAUGCUGUAUCAUGGUUUACGGGUGAAGCUGCUCAAGCAGAUGAGUUUGAUGAUACUGUAGAGGACAAUGAAUGUGAUGAAGAUGAAGAUUUGGAUGACAAUGAUGAUGAAGAUGGAAAGUGACAGCAAGAACAAUGGUGUGAGAUCAACAGGGCAAGCGUCUUCCUCGGUGUAGAAGUAGUAGCUGAUUGUGUUAUAGAGUAGGCUGGUUGAUGGCCUAAUAGUAACUUGACUGCUGUUUUUUUCCUUUUUGUUAUCAUUUUGCAUCUAGUUUUUUGACAACACUGGUUUGUUUUCAUAUUUUCAUCCCUCCAUCUUUAAAACUUCUAUUUAUUAUCUGGUAUUACAUAAAUAAAAUAUUGGAUUAAAAUCCAGAAAUUCAAUUGAAUUAAAUUCAAACAAUUGUUAUGGUUGAUAACUUGAUAC